UUGGUGUAGUUUCCCCCUCCCCUCAAAAAAUAGUUGCAGAAAAACUAAAUUAAGCCUAUGCACUCUAAAGUGAGUAUGAAACCGUUGUCUGGAAGUUAAAGAUAAGUGAUCAGCGCGAAUGGAAUAGUAGGUGUGAAGAGUAUUUGAAGAUACACGGCUACCUUCUGCGCCGUUCCAGUGGCGAACGCGUUUUGUGACAUCACCGGCCCGGGACAGAUUGAUUGACAAGGAGGGGAAAGUCGCAAUUCUUUCCGCUUCCUCUUUGAGCCAAAGAAUGGCAUCGCAAAGGUUAAACCUCCGCUUGGCUGUGUGUUUGCUGAAUAUCUCUGAAGCGAGGAAGAAAGACAUUGUGCAAAGUGUUACUAAGGCUGCACUCAGUGAUAAACAAGGACAGAAGAAAAUGCAAACAACUGUACUGAACAUAUUUUCAGAUUAUGACUACAACAGAUCAGUUCUAACUCUUGCAGGUUCAGUUGAGACAUUAGGUAACUCCAUUUUGUCAGCAUGCGUUGAAGCAUUUAACUUAAUUGACAUGAAAGCUCAUAUUGGCAUUCAUCCCUGUCUUGGAGCUGUGGACCUUGUCCCCAUUUACCCUCUCUCGGAGUCUGUUAGUCUGGAGGAGUGUGGUAGAAUGGCUCGUGAUAUUGCUGAAAAGUUAAUAGUCGAUGUGCCAGAUUGUAGUCUCUUUUAUUUUGGAUACGCUGAUCAACCUCUCAAACGAACUCUGGUCCAGCGCAGGAAAGAACUGAACUGGUUUAACAGGAGCAGCUUAAAGGUGAAGGAAAGAAAGCCAGAUGUGGGAGCUGCAAUUUCUCCCAGAUGUGGUUUAACAGGUAUUGGUGCCAGCCCAUAUGUUAUGAACUGCAAUGUGACCAUAGACACACAGGAUCUAAAUGUUGGACAACAGAUUGCUAGUGCCAUCCGUGGAGCAAAUGUUGGUGGCCUUAAGGGCAUCCAGGCAAUGGCCUUUCCUCAUGAGGGUACCGUGGAGAUAGCCUGUAAUGUGGAAAGCUUUAAGGAUGAGCCUUUACCACCGCUGACGGAAGAAAGGGAGAAAUAUAUUUCUUAUCGCAUUCAGGGUGAAGAAUACCUGUACUUUUCUCCAAGUUCCAUUGAGAAGCAGAUUAAAGGACUGGCUAAAAACCUCGGAGUUGCAACAGUGGGCACUGCAUUGGUUGGUUUCACACCUGAACAUUGCAAGAGUUUGGCAGAACAAGCUUUACAGGAAGGGACUGGAGAGUUCUGGAAAAAGCGCAAGGUCAUUACAAUGUAAGGGAGGCUUGUUAGUGUGAGGAGCAAUGCUGAGCUCAUCACAUAGACGAUCCUCUGUACAAUAAAAUUGAUAUUAUCAGUCUGGUAAUCAUGUUCUUGGAAAAUGAAUAAGAAGAUCAAUGAGUGAGAACAAAUGCUUGCAAAAGUUUGGCAUCUGCAAUUGAUAUUGGAAUUUUUUUUUUAAAUGCUGUGAGCUGGAAGAUGGAUGACCAAUUUCCAACGAAAGCCUGUGUCACUGUUGACGCUCUGUGGUUGCUGGGAGGAUAUGCUUAUUUGUUGACCCAGAUUUGGUGUUAGUAAUGGCAAUAGGACUAUCAAGUGUCACAAUCGUGGAAAAUCCGUGCUCAGAUUUUGGAAUCGGCUUAGGUAACUGUGGAAAUCUGAAGAUGCUGUCCGUGAUUCUGUCUUCCUGGCAAGCAGGAUUGUGUGUGGCCUUCUCCAGUGGUAUCAAGGGAAAUCACUUAACAGAAGCGACAUUCAAACAACUCUUGCUGUUAUGCAGCCUGCAAAUGCCAUGCUCUUUUCCCUGAGGACUAAUUAAACUUUUAAUAAUUUAUUAUAGUUAUUAAGAAUUCUUAACUUACUGCCGAACAAAUUCUUUUGCCUUAAAUAAGACUGCACUACAAUGUGGAUUUUAAUUAACUCACAAACGUUUCUAAUAU